AUGCUGCUGGCAGUAUUGGCUCUGGAGAAGGAGCCGUCGCCACCAAAUUGGUUGGACGAGGUCGGCCAGUGGGCAUACGACACCUGCAAGCAGUUCUACAUGAGCUCCACUGUAGAAUCCAGUUCCGGCAACCAUCGCAUCGUCAAGCUGGGCGCUUGCUGGGGUGGUUGGGGUGGUCAGGGCCAAAACCCAAGCUACCACGCCCCGGGCGUGUAUAGGUUGUGCCGCAACUACAUGAAGGCGCACGAUUCCCGUUACGGCACAUCAGCCAAUGAGGGGGACAAUUGGGAGGCGGAAUGGAACAAG